GGUGGCGUAGGCUCUUGCCGUGCUGAGCUUACCGCUGGUAAAAGCUUUUCAAGUUAUACUUGCGUCGUUGAAUAUCCUUUGAUCAGUGCAGGUCGCGGUACGUCUCCAUAAUGAUUUAUACCAAAAGAUGUCGUCUGAUUUUUGACCAGGAUGACUGCAUUGGAAAUUCAUGAUAGCUGGGUCCACUGCAGGCCUGAGAUUUUCGCCCGUCAUUCGCUUGCCAUGUCGGCUUCGUCAAGCUCAGUUCUUAUUCUCCAAUGUGCAGCCCAAUGUCAUUGUAAGGCCUCGUCAUGCCCGCCUAAGUCAUCAAAGGACCGGAGUACAGCUUCUGAGAGAAGAACAUGGCACUCUGGAGAGCGACACUUGUUCCGAAGAAAACGUGUGCCUGAAGCAUGGCAGCGAACCCAAGCUUUUGACAAGGCGAUAUCGUUCCAUAAAGCCUGUUUUAGGCCCUUCAGAAGUCGACGGGUCGCUCCCGUUCACAACAGACAAGCAUUUCAUAGACGGCAUCGUAGAGGUAACGUCUCGCCACGCCACCAACACCAUCUCAGACAGUCAAGAUCACCAGGACACCACACCGAUCUCAGGUUUUCCCAACUUCUCAGAUACUUUUAUCGAGGCUAUCUAUCCAGAGCAACCGAAGAACUCUCGAUUCGAACUGUUAGGUAUCAUGGCACGCACAGACUCCGUUGCAGAAUCGUGGCAAGCAUACCAAUCUCUUCUACCCGUAGCCACAGAAAAUUCGCACGAGCACGCAAAAUUCGUAAUUCCAUACACUCACCUCCAUCGUCUGGCGCGUCUCCUCGCAUCAACCAAACCACGAACGCGUACUCUCUUCUUGCAACUCUCGUCAGUACUUACCACACUCCGAAACACAGGCGGAGCCAUUCAUCUCUGGGAAUGGAACGCUUUGAUAGAUUGUGCAGGAAAGGGAUGGCGGACAACGAGCUUGGAAGAUUACAAAGCCGCGUUAGACAUCUUCAAUAGCAUGGUGAACGCGCACUCCACAGAUUCCUCUACUGUGGAGGACAACUCGGAUGACUGUACUCAAAAGGAUCCUCUAAACCCCGACAUUGUUAGCUAUACCACCUUGCUCUACAUUGCUGGUCGUUCUUUACAACCCGCCGCUAUUAGGCACGCCUCUUCACUUCUGAGCUCUUCAGGGCUACCUCCGAAUCGAAUCACACAUCUCUCGUUACUCGGAUACUUUUCACGGACUAAUCAGCUAUCAGGUGUCCGUUCAACUCUCCUGAAAAUGAGGGAGCAAGGUUUACCGAUUGGUCUGGACGGCAUAAACGCUUGUAUAUGGGCAUAUGCACAGAACCGUCAAAUAGACGUUGCAUCAACGAUCUAUCGUGUCCUUCGCAACAACUUCGUCCCAGAAGUUAACGCAGGAGAGCAUGACAUUGAUGAAGCCAUCAACUACCUCUAUGAUGUCGAGGGCAUCAUCGUCCCAAAGGACGUAAUACCUGACGAGAUCACAUACACGGCAAUGAUCCAAUCCCUUGCAUAUCACGGAGACUUGAUGCGUGCAUUGCAGGUCUUUGUAGAUAUGCUUUCCUCUCCGAAUCUUGAACCAAAUGCCGUGUUUAGUGAAGAAUCAGGACAGCCUCAGCUGUACAGACCUACUCUGGCUGCUUUCCGCGGUAUUUUCAUUGGCUUUGUCCGUCAUGGUCGUAAGCCUUGCCUUCGAAAAACUCCUCCGACACUGGCUUUUAGGUUGGGAUCAUUUGGGGAUUCUACUUCUUCGGAAUUAUGGGACUUGAAUAAUCUGCAUGUAAUAUUCAAGACCUUUUUGGAUUUACCUGCAGAUAGCCAACCGAGCGAAAGGGUCAUAUACUGGAUCAUGAUAGCUUUUGGUAAAGUUAGCGGAGACGAUCCAGGAAAGCUGCGAAAGAUCUGGUCACAGCUGGAGAAGAAAUUCGGGGGUGGAUGGGGAGGUCGUUUGGAAAGAUUGAGGCAGAAGAUCUAUGCCCAAGGUGGCGACAGCAAAUCAUAAAUACAAGAGAGGUCUAUUCGGCUACAUCUUAGAAGUACAUAUUUCUUGCUAAUUUCUGUAUACUUUGGAAUGAUUUAAAUGUCCAUUGACGCUUUUACAUGUCACCGCCGUUCUGUUGUUUCCUCCAUUCGACGUAGUCGGUCCAGCCUACCACGCACUUCCUGCUCUGAUACCUCCUUAAUGUGAUACUUCUACGAAUAUCCUCUGUGAUCAUACCAUUCCAUCCUGCUUUCUGUAUAGCGCUAUCGACUGCUUCGAUCUUGUCCCAGCCCUGUUCUGGCAUGACAUCGGGUAGAUAAGUGGCGUUGAGUGUGUGUUUGGACGUGAGGCGAGGGAGAUAAGGGGAAGAGGAUAGAGGAGAUGGUGUAUUGGAUGACUGAGUCGAGGUUGGGUAUAUCGAAGGAUUGGGGAAGGAUAUAUAUAUUCCAUGAACGCCCACUGUCCAGUCCAAAUAAGAAGCAGCAUCCUCAAAGUCUGUCAAUAGAGAUAUCCCGCAUUCGAGACUAUCAAGCUCUUUCAAAUCAAUCUUUCGAAAGCGGGAGUCUCUAAAUGCACUGAUCAACGCAUACUCUGCCAGCCCUUCUCUCAGUGUAAGCGCCUCAAAGCUCCCAAUGCACCCUCUCAGUCGUGGAGCCCGUCCAGGGCGGCUUGAUCUAGUGUUCCAUGUCAC